ACUUAACAAAAGAAAGUAAAAAUAUAAAUUGAUAAAAUUUAUAAGUACCUCUCUCGUGUGGCUCCUCAUCAUUUCAUGUGAAGCACAAUCUGAGAAGACACAGCAAAUUAAGAUCCAUCAUCCAUCUCACCAACAACAUAUAUAUAGUAUACACAUAGUGAUAACAAAAAAAAAACAUGGGAGAUCAUCAUGAUUUCAUCAACUCAGGAAGCUGGUGGAAAGUAUCUUCUUCUUCCUCGAUAUCUUCUUCCUCUUCCAUGAGAGCAAACUCAAUUGAAUCUGGUGGUUCUGCUGCUUUCCAUGAUAAGCUUCAUCAUUCAUUAGCUACUGAUCACCAUCUGCAGAUGAUUGGUUUAGGGCUUUCUUCACAAUCACAUGUUGAUCAAUGGAACCAAUCUCUCUUAGGAGAUAGUAAAGCGGAGACAAGCUUUGGAGUGAUGCUUCAAGAGAAUAUCAAUUUAGAUGCGACCUCAAACGCAAACGCUAACACAACGUCAUACCAGUUGCAAGAAUCUGAUCCCUCUCACCACCAAGCUUUGUGGCGAGACCCACGCAUCAAUAACAGCGAUUUCAAACCGCAGCUAAACAUGACGAGUAGCAACAACCGCGGGUUCUUCUUGGAUCAUCAGUUCAGCCCUCACGGGAGCUCAAGCACCGACAGUAGCACAGUGACAUGUCAAGGUUUCUCUUCUGACAAUCCGUCAAACACUUUGUACGGACCAACGGCAACAACUCCUAACUCCUCUUCAGCUAUGUUUCAUCAUCAUCAUCAUCAUCAAGCAGCUGGCUUCAACAUGCCUGGCUCAUCCGAUCAGCAGCCGUCUAGGACUCAUCAGGCAUCAAAUCUUGGUUACUCUCAGUUCGGUUCAUCCACCGGAAACUACGACCAGACGGCGUUGAGAUUCUCUAACAACGCAACGUUUUGGAACCCUACUGCGGCGGGAAACGUGGGUCCUACUCAUCAUGACGCGUCGUCGAACUAUUUUCCGGCGUUACAGCCGCCGCAAAUUCACGCGCCGAGUUUUGACGAACAACCUAAUGGUAUGUCGGAGAUUAAAGAUUCGAGUAGCAGUGAAGUAAAAAGAGUCGGAGGAGAUCAGCCGGCGGCGAAAAGGGCUAAGAGCGAAGCAACCUCUCCGUCACCACCUUUGAAGGUGAAGAAGGAGAAAAUGAGUGACAGAAUCGCUGCACUCCAACAAUUGGUUUCACCUUUCGGAAAGACUGAUCAAGCCUCAGUGCUCUCUGAAGCCAUUGAAUACAUUAAGUUCUUACACCAACAAGUUUCAGCUCUGAGUAACCCAUACAUGAAUAGUGGAGCUUCUUUACAGCAUCAACAGAGUGAUCAUCCGAAAGAGCUAGAAGUAUCAAAAGAACCAGAUCUUAGAAGUCAAGGUUUAUGUUUAGUACCAGUUUCGAGCACAUUUCCAGUGACACACGAUACUACAGUAGAUUUCUGGACUACUACCUUUGGUGGGACUUUUAGAUAGAUCGAUAUAUAGAUGAAAAGGUUGCAUUAGAUCUUGGUCGACAUAUAUUUUAACCUAUAUACACGAAAAUUUGUUGAUAAGAAAAUCACCGCAUUUUAAACGAAGAAGCAAAAUAAGUCAAUGGACAAGUGAAACGUGUUUGUCCAGUUAUUUAUAUUUUGAUUUAUAACUAAUCUACAAAGUAAUGUGUAACUGAAGAACUAUAUAGAGGAUAUAUAUAUAAGAUUUACUGAAAUUUGAGAGGUAUAUUUUGUUGAAAGUUAAACUUGAUUUGGAUCACAUUUUGGGCUAAUAAUUUACUAAUCAUUUUAGUCCAAACUUAGUCCAAUAUCUAGAAUCAUCCUCCACCUCCUUAGAAUAAAAAUCUAGAUAUUCUCAUAGAAUUAUCUAGAUAAUUAUAAUAAAAAAAUCUUAGAUAUUAUGGUAGAAUUCUCUAGAUUUAUGAUUAAAAUAUGUAAGAUAUUUUGUAUUUUGGAGGCUAUAAAUACCUCCACUCCCCUUUCAUUUUGAAUCACCAAGAAAUAAACAAAGCUUGUAACAAGUAAUAAAAAUCUUCUUCUAAGUUAUAAAAUCUUUAUUCUUCACAAAAUUUCUUUCUCUUCAAACACUUUAAACACUUUCUCCAUCUUUAUAAAACUUUUCAUUCCAACAAAGUGGUAUCAGAGCCACAAGUUCCUUUUGAAGAUGGCAAAUAAUGGUGUUCCCUUCCAAGUUCCAUUGCUCA